AUGGGGAAGCUCGAGGACAACGAGAGGGUGAUCCUCAACGUGGGGGGCACGCGGCACGAGACCUACCGCAGCACCCUGAAGACUCUGCCGGGGACCCGCCUGGCUCUACUCGCCUGCGAGUCCCAGAGCGAGUCCCCGGGCGGCGAAGAGCGGCCGCCGCCGCCCCCCAACCCGCCGCCGCUGCCGGCGGGCGGCUGCCCGGAGCCCGGCAGCGGCUGCAGCCCCCGGGGCAGCGGCGGCACCAGCGAGUUUUUCUUCGACCGGCACCCAGGGGUCUUCGCCUAUGUGCUCAACUACUACCGCACCGGCAAGCUGCACUGCCCCGCCGACGUCUGCGGGCCCCUCUUUGAGGAGGAGCUGGCCUUUUGGGGCAUCGAUGAGACCGACGUGGAGCCCUGCUGCUGGAUGACCUACCGCCAGCACCGUGACGCCGAGGAGGCUCUCGACAUCUUCGAGGCACCCGACCUGCUGACGGGCGAGCCGCCCCCCGACGGCGACGACGACGACCUCGCCGCCAAGAGACUGGGCAUCGAGGACGUGGGGGCGGCCGCCGAGGGCAAGGGCGGGCGCUGGCGGCGGCUGCAGCCCCGUGUCUGGGCGCUCUUCGAGGACCCCUACUCCUCUCGAGCCGCCAGGUUCAUUGCUUUUGCCUCUUUAUUCUUCAUCCUAGUUUCAAUCACAACCUUCUGCCUGGAAACACAUGAGGCUUUCAAUACUAUUAUAAAUAAAACUGAGCAGGUUGUCAAUGGGACAGAAACUGUGCUACAGUAUGAGAUUGAGACAGAUCCUGCCCUGACGUAUGUGGAAGGAGUCUGCGUGGUAUGGUUUACAUUUGAAUUUUUAGUACGUGUUGUUUUUUCCCCCAACAAACUCGAAUUCAUCAAAAACCUCUUGAAUAUCAUUGACUUUGUGGCAAUCCUGCCCUUUUAUCUAGAAGUGGGCCUGAGCGGGCUCUCCUCCAAAGCUGCUAAGGACGUGCUUGGUUUCCUCAGGGUGGUAAGGUUUGUCAGGAUCCUGCGGAUCUUCAAGCUCACUCGGCACUUCGUGGGCCUCAGGGUGCUGGGCCAUACGCUGCGAGCCAGCACCAAUGAAUUUCUGCUGCUGAUAAUAUUCCUGGCACUCGGUGUUUUGAUAUUUGCCACUAUGAUCUACUACGCAGAGCGGGUAGGAGCCCAGCCUAAUGACCCAUCAGCAAGUGAACACACGCAGUUCAAAAAUAUCCCUAUUGGCUUCUGGUGGGCCGUCGUCACCAUGACCACCUUGGGAUAUGGGGAUAUGUAUCCACGGACUUGGUCAGGCAUGCUGGUGGGAGCCCUGUGUGCGUUGGCAGGGGUGCUCACCAUAGCCAUGCCUGUGCCUGUGAUAGUUAACAAUUUUGGGAUGUACUACUCCCUGGCCAUGGCAAAGCAGAAACUGCCGAGGAAGCGGAAGAAGCACAUCCCUCCUGCUCCUCAAGCCAGCUCACCCACCUUCUGCAAGACAGACUUGAACAUGGCCUGCAAUAGCACACAGGGUGACAUCUGCCUGGGCAAGGACAACCAGCUGAUGGAGCACAACAGAUCAUCAGUGUUAUCAGGUGAAGACAGUGCAGGAAGUGAGCAGCCACUCUCACCUGGUGAAAGGCUCCCUCCCAUCAGACGUUCUAGUACAAGAGACAAAAACAGAAGAGGGGGAACAUGUUUCCUACUGACAACAGGUGAUUACACGUGUGCUACUGAUGGAGGGAUCAGGAAAGGCUAUGAAAAAUCUCGAAGCUUAAACAACAUAGCUGGCUUGACAGGCAAUUCUCUGCGACUGUCUCCAGUAACAUCACCCUACAGCUCACCUUGUCCUCUAAGGCGCUCUCGGUCUCCCAUCCCUUCCAUCUUGUAAACCAGAUGGCAUCAAUCGGCUAUAUAGUGUUAAAUCAAAUACUGUUUACCACAUACCGAAAAUAAGUGUAGCAUUAACCACAGGCUCCACAAAUACUGUCUAACUCGUGCAUGAUACAACUGUUAAUAGUAAGAAAAGCCACCUGGGUAGCUGAAGAUUUUUGUCUUGGCUUUUAAAGAUUACUUAAGUAGCACUUCUCCUUUUAUCUACUAUAUUGUCCUACUUUCCUGUGGCAAUAAAAGGACAGUUAGUGGAUGCUGUUGUCAAGUAUAUUCAAUAAAUAAGCAUAUUUUCAGGGAGAUUUACUUAAAAUAAUGUGCUUCCAACUAAUUAUCAGCCACUCCAUUAAACCUCCAUUUCUUGUGACUCUAAUCCAUUCUGAAGAUGUCUGCUUUGAAGGGUCUGCUCAUUUGCAUGGACCAUCCUGUCUCCAUCACCUGACAAGCAGUGUUGCUGAUUGUGGAGACCACAGAGGGCUCUGGAUGUGUGUUCUCACAUUGUUACCAUUCUGCUGAAAUGAAAGCACUGAUAAACUGGUCUGCAUGUGGGAUUGUUUUUCUUUGUUUAACCUUUUUCUUUAUUUUUUAACUAUCUACUUGUUUAUAAAUGGCUUUAUUUUGUGAUUAACUUAUUUCGGUACUGGAUUGCUGUAUCAGAGUUCUGAAUGUCUCCGGUUGUUUGCACACAGAUAACUGCAAAGAGGUUGUCAUUACUGGUUACACGCAAGCAGAAGCCAGAUCUCUUUCUUAAUGGCUUGGGGAAGGCACAAAACAUGCAAGAAAGGUAAACGCCAUCCAGACUUGCAAUUUUAAGCUAGCAAGUGCUGCUUGGUACUGUAGUAAUUUCUCUACUCCAGGGUUCUUCAACAUUUUCAGAGGCUGAGUACCAAGUAAAAUUGAAACAGUUGUGGGGGCUUUUUUGUACCAUUGUAAGAGGGUAGUGGUUCUCAAGACAGGUUUUUGACCAGCCUUGUACCUCUGGCUCAUGACCUUCAAAAAUUUCUUCAAUGUUUUUUGAGCUUUGUCCUAUUUGUUGUUUGUCUGUCUGUUUUGCAACCUGUCUCCUGUAUUCUCCAUCUGUCUUCAUAAAGCAUAAAGAUACUGUUAAAAUGGCCCCCUCUUUUAAGUUUAACUAAGAGCAUUUUUUCUCCUUUUCUCUUUUUUUUCAUAUGGGCUAUACAUAUGUGUAUAGAUAGAAAUAUAUCUAUUUUUCAAGUGCAAGUUAGUAUCGUCUAGUCUAACUCAUGUGUGCACUCUGAAGAUUUUUCAAGUGGGAUUUAGUAGCGGCUUUACAGCACUGACCGGUUGCCUAUGGCAUCAGUCUUCCUCCUAGCAACCAGCAUUCAUUACAAUUUUGAAACUGUAUCUCCUCUAGUGUCUUUUUCAUUCAAUAUUAACCUCUGUUUAUGCAACAGGAUAAAUGCAAUGGCAUAUUUGAGGUUCUGGGCUGGUGAGGAAAAAUUACCCUAAACCAUAGAAUUUUAGAACUACAUGGGGAAGACCAUAAUGACUGAAGUCUUAAGAGAUCAUUGAAAUUGUUGAGUAAUACCUUAUUGUCAUGUUUUAUUUUUUGUUAGGAAAAGAAAUAUUGUUGAUCAUGUAACAUGUUCUUCUGUAUAUAGCCUAGCCCAAUAGCAUGACCUGCAUGUCAGAAUUCUUGUACAAUAGUGUAUUUAUCAAAGUAUACAUUUCUGAUAUUUAGAGAUGUACAUGAUUUACUUUUGGUAAAAUAUUGUCAAUAGAGAGAUAAUUGCAAACAGCUUUUAGCAAAUUAAUUAAUACAAUAUUUGGUGCUGCUGUUAUAUUAA